CUGACUUCCUGCUCCAUGCCUCGCAGCCACUCUGGACUCAGGCAGGGAAACAGGGACCGGAGGCCACCAUCCUAGGCCCAGGCAGGGCUGGGAGGGAAGAUGGCAGAUGGGGGCCGGGACCUGAGCACCAGCUUUCCAUCAUGAUGCUUCUGCAUUGGAGCCACCGAGCCAUGGACUGAACCAUGGAGUAAAACUGAUGUUAACAGAUGCCCCACAUGCAGAGGACCUUAUGGUGACUUUAUUCCAAUACUUCAAAGCACAUAAAGUAGAGAUUUCAUAUGCAAUAAAAAAGACAUUUCCUUUCCUUGAGGGUCUCCGUGACCGUGAACUUAUCACCAACAAAAUGUAUAAAGCUUAUCAAGAUUCUUGUCGAGAAUCCCUGGUCCCUGUCCAUAGAGUGAUGUACAAUGUUCUCAACGACCUGGAGAAGAUAUUUGACAUGGCAGUUCUGGAAGCAUUAUUCAGUGAGGUCAACAGGGAGGUGUACCCUGCUUUAAUGAACAUUUACAAAGACUUCCAAAAUGUGAUCCAUGACAAACUCUAUCUCCAAGAAAGUGAUGGAGAAGAGAGAGAGGAGAGGCCCAACACCCAGCUAAGGCUUGAAGAAGGAACUAGAAGAAACUCCGUUUCACGAAGCCUCACCUGGUCACGCUCAGAGCCCUCACCUUCUGGUGGUACAAACUUACCUGAAAAUGAACUCCCACACCAGGCCCACAAAAGAGAACAGAUAAAUGGAUUAAGAACGGAAACAACCAAGGAGAGAAACGAUACACCAGGAAGCCACCAAACAGAUGAGCAGCCUGUCCAAGAGUCUGCACCAGGAAAGUCUUUGGAAGAAGUAGCUGCCCCAGCGAAUAAUGGAGAUGCAAGCGUGGAGCCACUCCGCCCUUUGGCCUGCGGUGAAGAAAGGACAGAGCUGCACAGCCAAGGAAUCCAAGUUAGCUCCUGUUCUGUGCUUCUGGUGGAUAUAAAGAAGGAAAAGCCAUUCUACUCAGAAGAUGAGCAACGAGCCCAACGCAGGGCUAAACCUGCCCGGCCCCCUGACAUAAUAGUCAUCAGCAGUGACGACUCUGAAGACCUCAGUGACGAAGAUGAGCCCCCCAAAGCCUCCACCUCAGCCCUGAGAAGUGAACCCGUGAUCAGUGACCAUGACCCAUUAGAAUCAAGUGAGGAAGAGGAAACCCAAGAAGCCAGUUGCUCACGUCAGAGCACACCAAAGCCUAUGGAUUUCAGAACAUUCAGAAAAAGCCCUCUGAAAAGAGGGAGAGAACAUGUCCACAACUCUUCAGAAUCCAGUGAGGAAGAGACACUCCCCCAAAUCGACUUCUGCAGCUCAGAAUGGAGAAGUGGGCCGAGUACAACAGAGCCUGUGCAUACUGGAAAACCAUCUACGUGGGGAACAUACAAUUGGAAAAGAUGGCUCAAUAGUGGUGGCUCUUCCGAACUGAAUCACAGAGAAGAGCAUCCAGAAACCCUAAGAAGUGGAUCAGGAGCAGAGCUGCAAGGACCUGGAAAUAAAUGUUCCUGUGUCAUGUGUUCCUCGGAAUGUGUGCCAGGAGGCCAAGAUACAAGGAUGGAAAGUGGGAGAGCAUCUUACACGAUGGAUGCUGUGGAUGUGGGAAACAAUUCUACUUUGGGAAAAGACAUUGGGAAAAGAAGGAAAAAGGAAAGACAUACAUGUAAAAUAAACCCCCUCCAAAAAGGGAGAAAGAGAGGCGGGAGCAGAAUUCUCUCCACACUGAGUAAUGGAGCCCCAAGGAAAAGAGGUUGGCCAAAAGGGAGAAAAAGAGCCAACACUAAACUUUUGAGAAGAGUCCGAAAAAGAGGUCCCAGAAUUCCCAAGGAAACGAAUGUGAAUUUCAAUAUUCCUGAACUUCCUGUGACCUGCGGUAAUGCUAAGGGGACUCUGUAUAAGGAGAUGUUUAAGCAAGGAGUCUCGAAGAAGAGCAUAAAGGGUGAGGACGGAAGCUGGCUCAGCCCCAGGGAGUUUGAAGUUAGAGGAAAUCACGCAGCAUCCAAGAACUGGAAGCUCAGUGUGCGCUGCCAUGGAUGGACCCUGAAAGAACUGAUGACGAGAGGAUAUCUACCAGAACCACCAAGUAGAAGAAAAAAGAAGGCCAUCAUCAGAAUGGGUGCUUCAGCCUCCAGAACACAGAGAACACUAGAUUCUUACCUCAAUGCCCCAGUGGACCCUUAUCCAGAAAAUUCAAAUGAAUGUGAAGUGUGUGCCCAAGGGGGACAGAUGUACUGCUGCGAUACCUGUCCAAAAUCCUAUCAUGAGAACUGCCACAUCCCGCCUGUGGAAACUGAGAGCAACCCGUGGAGUUGCAUCUUCUGCAAGACAAAGGCUAUUCGGAAAAAGUACCGAGAAAGCCAACCAUGUCAUCAGGAAUCUGAGGUUCUGAUGAAGGCGCUGUGUGAUGAGGAACAGCUGAAAUGUGAACUGCUCCUCUUGAAGGUCUACUGCUGUGCAGAAAGUGCCUUCUUUGUCACAGAACCAAAUUAUACCAAAGGGGCAUCUGUGGGCCAACCGGCACGCGUGUGUUUAGACCAAAUCAAGGCCAGGCUGAAUGAGAAGAAGUACUCCCGAGUGAAGGAAUUUGUGCAGGACAUCCGUGUCAUCUUUCAGAGCCACAAGCCAUUUUACAGAGAGAAAAAGUUCAUCAGUCUGGGCACGCUAGAAGACAAAUUUGAGAAGAAUUUCAAAACCAUUUUUGGAGUCCAGAAAACGACUCCAGACAAUCACCUGUUGCCCCACUCAGGAUCCUUCAGCAGCUAGCAAACAAAAAAGUUUUAAAAUAAUCAUUGCUAUUUAUACAUAUUUUUGUCAUUGAUUACCUUGGCCCUAGGACCUUUGUUCUCGCCUUUGCUGUCUAUGUAAGUAAAAUGCUGUCUGAAUCUUCA